UCAUCGGAGCAGAGCCGAAUUGCCGUGAUAGUGGGGAGGCGUAUAGCAUGUCGAGUCCUGACCUUUCCACCUGGCGCUUCCAAGGGUUUUGAAGACAUCGAGUGAGCUUCAAGCGGUCAUACUAAAAUCACCAGACGAAGCAAGUUCAAAAUAGCAACAUCGGCAAUGCCGUCAACCAUCAUUAAAGACUCGCGAAACCCCGAAAAGCCCAGCGCCAAAGUCACCGCGACUUUCACAGGGGAUGUCUGGAUGGACCCGAUAUACCUGGGCAACGGCUGCAAUAUGAACCACGUCAUGUUCCAGCCUUGUGCCCGAACGAAUUGGCACACUCACGAAAAUGGACAAUUGCUCAAGGUCCUGGCUGGAUCUGGAUGGAUCUGCGACAAAGGGGGAGAGCCGAGGCGACUAAACGUCGGUGACAUAGUCUGGUGUGAUGCCGGAACGACACAUUGGCACGGAGGCGAUGAUGAGACCUAUAUGCUCCAUUUGGCCGUGAGCCACGGGAAGACUGAAUGGCACGGGCCAGUCACAGAUGAGGAGUACCAAGCAAAGAAGAAAUGAGCGUCGCGAUUGUUCGAGCUCAUGCGGCUAUUCCACACUCCAGCCACAGAUCUUCAAUUGACAGG